ACAGCCCAUCGACACCGACUUUUUUAAAAAAGCCUUUUAUUCAUGAACUUACUUCGCAUCACUACGUUAUCACGAGCCACGCCGAGAAGGCAACCACAGAAACGUUUGCUAUGAAAACGACACGCAGUUCUUCCACUCUCUGAGGCUCCACCGAGCAAGCUUCGGGUCUGCUAGUGCCGGUUUAAAAGGGGCGUCUGAAUCCCUCGCCCGGUGAUGCAGACAACCCAGCGCCACGCUACAUCUCUCCUCGCCGGCCACCUUCCCGCAGGAAGAGCUGACAGUGGCCCGGGAGACCCGCCCUGGCCCCGCCCCCUCCGCCCUGCAGUGCGCCGGCGCAGAACCUCUUACGCCAGCCCGAGCCCCGCCCCCUUGGAGAGCGACCAUUGGCCUCGGGGACCGGGCUUGGGCACAAGAUGGCCGCCGUGCGCCCGGAGCACCCGAGUCCGAGCUCACCGACCCCGGAGUCACGAUCCCUGGAGCCGCCGGACCUGGUCCUGGUGCCUGAUGAUGGCCAUCCCGCCACACCCCCAAGUGACCUCAUCGAGAUCCAGGUGGUAAAGGUCACAGACACUUCGCUGGUACCAGAGCCACCAGAGCCAGGCUCUUUCCACUGUGCCUUGUGUCCAGCUGCCUUCCGACUGGUCUCCGAGCUGCUGUUCCAUGAACAUGGCCACGUGGCAGGCGCGGAUGGUGGCGGGCAGGGUGGGGACCCAAGCCGGUGUCACGUGUGUGGUCACAGCUGCCCGGGUCCCGCCAGCCUCCGCGCUCACUACAGCUUGCACACGGGGGAGCGGCCCUACCGCUGCCCCCUGUGCCCGCGGGCCUUCAAGGCCUUAGCGCCACUGCUCCGGCACCAGCACCGACACGGGCUGGAGCCGGGCACCUCCGGCAGGCCUCCACAAGCCGCAGCAGCUGGAGAGCCAAGCCCCGGGGUGCCGCAGGAGAGGUCGGAGGUGGUGAUGGCCGCUGCGGCUGCUGGCGCAGCCGUGGGGAAACCCUUCGCCUGCAGGUUCUGCGCCAAACCGUUCCGCCGCUCUUCAGACAUGCGAGACCACGAGCGGGUGCACACCGGUGAGCGUCCGUAUCACUGUGGCAUCUGCGGCAAGGGUUUCACGCAGUCCUCGGUGCUGAGCGGGCAUGCCCGCAUCCACACUGGAGAGCGCCCCUUCCGUUGCACCCUCUGCGAUCGCACUUUCAACAACUCCUCCAACUUCCGCAAGCACCAGCGCACCCACUUCCACGGGCCUGGGCCUGGGUUGGGAGACUCCGGAGGCCAGUUGGGAUCAUUGGUGGCUGAAGGGUCAGGGAGUGGGACAGGCAGCACCCUGGAAGGGGGCCGUGGGGAGAUGGUGAAGGCGAAGGUGAAGGUUGACCAGUAGGCUGGGAGAGCAGGGCUGGGGGCAAUAAUUCUUGAAAAAGGAGGCUGAUUGCAGGGGAGGGUGUGGGCGAAAGGAGGCAGGGCCAGAGUGGGUAGGGAAUGAGCCGCUGGUGUUGGAGCAUAAAGGGAGAGAACCAAGUUGUGGACUCCCAGAGACCCACAUUACACCUGUGUGAGAUGCCACAGAGGUGUUGAUGCAGCCCUGUGUGUGCCCAGCUAAACAUGAGGACCACAGGAAGCACUUCACUGCCGUUUGCAUCCUUGUUAGGUUGUCCUUGGGCAAAACAGCCUGUUACAAAAGAACCUGGACACUACAAAGGAGAGCCACAGUUGAGUGGAAGGUGGGAAAAUCAGGGGUAUACCAGUGUUCCUGAUCUAGUCCUGCAGAAUGCUGGACUAAGUUGGGUGCUCCCUGAAGUGGACUGUGAUGGAAUCUUUUGCCUACCUCAUUAUACUGCACUGGACCUGAGUUGUAUACAAACCCCCAGGCAGAAGAUGCCCCCAGGUCAUCUGUAAAGAGACCCAGAAGGUCCCCAAGUCACAGCUGAGAGCACUGAAGCCUCAAGGAUGUAAGCCUAACCAUAGGAAUUGCAUUCAGCACUGCUGCCUCUGCCCCCAUGGUGGUUCCUCCUUAAUCCAUCCAGAGGCAACUGAGAGCAGCAAACAACCACCUGCUAACCCCUUUCUGAAGUGUUAGGCUUGGAGCCUGUGGUCCAACAUAUCUGCAAAGAAGCCUUAGGUUUCUCUGAUUUCCUCCACUCUGAAUUUGAAGCAGCUUAUUGCUUAGUCCCAGGCAGUCCCAAGGAAGGACUUACUAAUGGCAGCAUGGCAUUCGGGCCCAGCUGUGGAACAAGGAGGACUGGGGGCUGGAGGUGGGAAAUCUUGUCUGUUCUAUUAAAGGACUUGAUG